GUCACAAUGCGACACUGGCGGCACGAACACCUGCACGGUGAGCCGUGGCUGGAACUGCUACAGCUCUUACUGCUGAGCGCGCAAAUUUUCGCCAGGUGUGGCCUUUCAGCACCUCGGUCCGUGCCUGUCUCCUCUGAUAUCCAUUGUGCCCAUAUCGCUUGGAAGUCAAAAUUUUACAUGGGAGUGCGAAAUAAAGAGCACAUACCCUUUCGUUGUAUUCCAGGAGGAAGAUAAUGCUCGGGCGAGGAGGGUGAAUAUGGUUAAGGGUAUUCAGCAAAAGUCAGGUAUCAACCAUACGUUGCGCAUCCUCGUUGCAAUCAUUUUCAUAAAGACCACAAUGGCUGCGCGGGCAGAUUUCGAAGGUUGCAACAUACUUGCUGCUGCUUUUCAUGAUAACACUUUUGGAUCAAUUCCCUGCUUGAUUAAUGGCUCUUCCUUUACCAUGUGGACUUGACUCUACCCUGGC